CGCUUCUCCUUAAUGUAAAUUUACUUGCCGGUUGUCUGCAUGUGUGUGGUAAAAACAGUUCAACUCUAAUUUAUUAAUUAAAAUUUACCGUUAGGUAGAUCAAGAUCAGUUUGCGGACCCACCUAAAGAAUCCAGCAAUCGACCAGGAUGACAAAAUAUAAAGGAUUCUUACCUUUAGUGGUUACAGGUAUUCUAAUAGCUACUUUGAUCCAUUAUUCAGAUGGCCUUGCUGUUAUGUCUGUUGAUUUUGGAUCAGAAUACAUGAAGAUUGCAAUUGUAAAACCUGGUGUUCCCAUGGAAAUAGUUUUAAACAAAGAAUCAUCAAGAAAAACAAGAACUAUUGUAGCAUUUAGAGAUGGUGAAAGACACUUCUCAAAUAUGGCCCAUACAACAGGUAUCAAAUUUCCACAGAAAGCCUACUGGUAUUUGUUGAAUCUGGUUGGAAAACGUUUUGAUGAUCCUCAUGUUGAGUUAUAUAGACAGAGAUUUCCAUAUUAUAACAUUAUUAAAGAUGAAGAUAGAGGAACUUUACUAUUUCAACAUGAUGAUGAAACUACCUAUACUCCCGAAGAAUUACUUGCCAUGGUUCUAGAAAAUGCUAGAGAUAGUGCAGAAGCUUUUGCAGAACAAAGUAUAAAAGAUGCUGUAAUAACUGUACCAGCUUUCUUCCAUCAAGCUGAACGCAGAGCUUUACUAACAGCUGCUGAUAUGAUUGGUUUAAAUGUUCUACAACUUAUGAGUGAUAACGCUGCAGUUGCAUUAAACUAUGGUGUUUUUAGAAGAAAGAAUUUUAACUCUACAAUGCAGUACUAUAUGUUUUAUGAUAUGGGAGCAUCUAGUACAGUUGCUACAAUAGCAGGUUAUCAUAUUGUUAAGAUUAAAGAAGGUACUAGAUUAGAAACCAAUCCUCAGGUUGUAAUUAAAGGUGUAGGAUUUGAUCGAACAUUAGGUGGGUUAGAGAUAACUGUGCGUUUAAGAGAUCAUUUAGCCAAAUUAUUCAAUGAUAUGAAGAAAACUAAAACCGAUGUCCGAACUAAUCAGAGAUCUAUGGCUAAACUAUUAAAGGAAGCUGACAGAGUUAAACAUGUACUUAGUGCAAAUGCUGAUCAUUUUGCACAGGUUGAAGGUCUGCUAGAAGAGAAAGAUUUUAGAGCUAAAGUAACAAGAGCUGAAUUAGAAGAAAUGAGUGCUGAUUUAUUUGAUCGUGUUGCUAAACCAAUAGAAGAUGCUCUACGUACUUCUGAAAUAACAAUGGGUGAAAUUAAUGAAGUAAUAUUGAUGGGAGCUGGAACAAGAAUGCCAAAAAUACAGGACAAAAUUAUGGAGGUUGUUAAAAGAAAGGAACUGGGUAAGAGCAUAAACACUGAUGAAGCUGCUGCUUUAGGUGCUGUUUAUCAAGCUGCUUAUCUAGGAAAAGGAUUUAAAGUUAAAACUUUCUCUGUUAAAGAAGCUAAUUUAUACCCUAUUGUGGUAGAUUUUGAAAAACACACAAAGGGUGAUGAUGGAGUAGAAAUAACUAGAAAUGUUAAAAGAACUUUAUUUGGUAGAAUGAAUCCUUUCCCCCAGAAAAAGGUUAUGACUUUUAACAAACAUUUUGAAGAUUUUAGUUUUAGUGUGAAUUAUGGAGAUCUUGACUUUUUGUCAGAGGAAGAAAAAAAAUUAAUUCCGUCAUUGAAUUUAACUAGUGUUACUCUGCAAGGUGUAAAAGAUGCCCAUGAUAAACAUGGUAAAGAUGCCGAAUCUAAAGGUGUUAAAGCUCAUUUUAGAAUGGAUGAAAGUGGUGUCUUAAGUCUGGACAGGGUGGAAUCAGUGUUCGAAAAGCUAGAAGUUGCUGAAGACAAAAAAGAUGAAUCUACAUGGUCAAAGCUUGGUACAGCUAUUGGUGGAUUAUUUGGCGGUGGAGAAAAAGAGAAAUCUGAUCAAGUUGAAACUGUAGAGCAGUCAGAUGAGUCUGCAACUAAUAGCACAGCAGAUAACUCUACUAAAACUAACAGCACUAGUAGCAAGCCAGAUAAUAGCACCAACAACAGUAACAGCAAAGAACAGUCAGCAAAUAAUACUCCUAAAGAUAGCACUAAGUCUACAGAACAAGUUAGUGAUGAAGAACAAAAACCUGACACUGAAGCACCAAAGGAAGAAACUCAAACAGAAGAAAAACCAAAUGAAGAAAAGAAGGAUGACACUAAAACAGAAGAAAAAUCAGAGAAAAAAAAUAAAAAGAAGAAAAACAAGUCUGAUAAAAAUGACAAAAAAGACAACAACGGCAAAACAGAUGAGAAAAAUGGUAAAAAGGAUGAUAAAAAAGAUAGCAAAGAUGACAAGAAUGGCAGUAAAGAAAAAAAUGAAACAAAAACUGAAGAAGAAAAGAAACCUAAGAAUGUUAUUUAUAAAGAAGAUAUUGUUGCAACUGCUGUUAUCAAAGAUUUACCUGAAUUAACAGGGGAAAAAAAGAAUAAAAGUCAGAAAAGGUUAAAGGAAUUAAGAAAAUUAGAUUUAGAAAAAGUAGAAUUAGAAAAGGCUAAAAAUAGUUUAGAGAGUUAUAUAUUUGAUAUGCAAGAUAAGAUGAGUCAAGAAGAUUAUAUGACCUGUUCAACAACAGAAGAACAAGAAAAUAUGAGUAAAUUGUUCUCUGAAUCUUCUGAUUGGCUAUAUGAAACACCAGAAGAUACAAAGAAAGAGGAAUAUAAAAGCAAAUUGAAGACAUUAAAAGAUGGCAUGAAAGAUAUAUUAAUAAGAUUUAAAGAAAGAGAGGAGAGACCUAAAGCUUUAGAUGCCUUAUUUAAUAUGUUAAAUCAUUCAAAUUAUUUCCUAGCUACUAUUAAAAAUUUAUCAUCCUUAGAGGAUCCAGUCUUUACUGAGAUUGAAAUUACAACCUUAGAGAAACUAGUCAAUGAAACCAAGACGUGGAGGGAUGAAAAUGUUGCUGAACAAAAGAAAUUAAAAGACAAUGAAAAUCCUAAAUUAUUAGUAGAAAGUAUUGCUUAUAAAAUCCAAGCUCUAGAUCGAGAAGUGAAAUAUCUUGUAAAUAAAGCUAAAACUUUUAAACCUAAAAUAAAACCUAAAGUGACAAUUAAUGAUACAAAAACAGGUAAUAAUACUAAAAAAGAAAAAUCUGUCAAUUCUACAACAGAAGAUACAGAUACAACACCAACAACAGAAAAACCUCCUACACAAGAGGAAGAACCGCCUGUAACAGAAUCUGCAGAAGACAUUCCUGUGCAAGAUAAUACUGACACCUCAAAUACAGAUGAUACAUCAGAGGAGACACAAUCAAAAAAUAUAGCUGAUGAAGGAGAUAAACCAUCAGAAUUAGAUGAUGGAACAGCAGAAUCGAAUACACCUCGCACAGAUUUAUAACUAAAGAAAUUAUAGGAGCUAACUUAUAAAUUAUACAGAUAUAUUUUGUGAAUGUUUGUGUCUGAGUCCAUUUAUUUAAUUCUCAAUGAUUGUUAGUUUGAAGAAUGUGAUCAGUUAAUUAUUCUGGAGGUGUACAGAUGUGUAUCAUGAUAGACAGAAUGCACAAUUUAUUAUGUGCUUAAAUGACUAGACCUCUUUGUUUUGGGUGAAAAUAAAUAAAUAAAAUAAAUAUAUCGGUAUGCAAUUAUUAGUUUAGGUCCACAGAUUAAGGCAUUGUUAAGUUAAAAUGGAUUUUCUAUUUAGCAAUCAACAAUAUUAGUAGAAAAUGUAACUUGAAAAAAGUAAGCACACCAACUUAUGCUUUAACACAAGGUACAAUUUUAUGGAUACACAAUUACCAGAUAAAGACGAGAAUAUCCUCGUUGAAACAUCGCUUAGUAUUAAACUCAAUAAUUGUGUAUCCAUAAAAUUGUACCUUGUGGUAAUUAAUAUGUUCAAUUACUAAAUUCCUAUCCAAGAAACUGCUGCUUUAUCAGCCAAAAUGAAUUUUUAACAUAUUGGAUUAACAUAUUUUGACCCAAUUUAAAGAGGUUUUACUCUUAAACUUAUAGACUUUUUAUUUGUUGUGUUUUUGUUGAAAAAAUCAUGCAUUUCAUUAAAUUCCAAUACUGGUUAUGGUAUUGGUUUCUCAUCAACUAGUUUUGUGGAAGAUAUUUGAUAUCUGUAUCAUACAGAAUUAUAUUUAAUCAGAGUAGUCUAACCAAAUAAAUAUGUUAAUGCCAGUAUGCAUCUGAAAAUCUUAACCAGUAACCAGAAUUCAUGAAUUUUUGUGUCAAAAGGAUAGAUUUUGAUUCAUGAAAAAGUCUUAUAAAAUGUCCAUUAUGAAUGAUAAUCAUUCACUGUUUUAUGCUUAUUUAAAAGAUUUUUUUUUUGUAGUUAUAAGUAGUUAUAUCUACCACAAAAUUUCAUCUGGAUUUUCUUAUUAUUUCUUAUUACAAUCAUUCAUUAUCUUUCAUUUUACAUAUUUACAUUAUGGUUUCGUAAGAACCUUUGGAAAUUUUACUUUGUUAUUUACUCAUUAUAAUUGUAAAACUCAUGAUAUGUCAUCUGUUAAAAAAAUGUAUGUUUUGAUUAUAAUUUUACUAUUGUGUUUCAUGAAAUAUGUUGAUGGUUCUAGUGCAGUUAUUAAAAUAGAGAUAACAAAAUUGUGAAUGAUGAUUGUUGGUAGACAUUCCGUAAUUUAGUGCUGUAAAUGAUUAUUAUAGUAAUUUAAAAUUUCUUCAUUUAAAUAUAUCAUAGAACAUCCCAGUGAAUUAUCAAUGCAAUAUACUAGAAAAGUAUAAUACAAUCCUCAAAUGCCAAUCAUAUUCAUGUAAAGGUAGUACAAAAUAUUCCUGGAAACUCAAGGGUGUGUCAAAAACAAAUCGAUAGUAAUCAUGACAUGAAUAUACAGAAUUGUGUAUAAAAGUGUAUAUUGUACAUUACUGAUGAAAUUAUUUUGUUGAAUGUAAGUCUCUGAACAUCAUUUGAGGAAUGAAUACCUUGCAAACUGCAAUGAUUUAAUUCUGUUCAGUGAUAUGUGAUAAAAUGGAUAUGAACAGGAUAUAGUCAAAUGCCAGCACCAUCUGUAAUCUUCGCUGAAAUCUUUUGAUUUGAAGUUUUCCAAAAGAUGAAAAUGACUUCCAGAGAAAAUUGUAUUGUAAACUUUUAAAUUCUUUGUAGGCUAAUAAAACGAAAUUAGGAAUAAUUUGGAAGGAAAAGAUUUCGACUUUCCAAACUAUCUUAACUGUAACCCACAAAAUAUAUUAUUGGUGCACAUAUUACAUUGUAAAUAAAAUUCAUUAAAUACUAAGUUGAAAGAAUGGUGGACUAGUGUAUAGUAAGAGUGGAUGGGAAUACUUUAUGUAUAUUAUGUUUGUCAGAAUAAAUGAUGUUAUAUAA